GGCGUUUGUUUAAGAAUCAAAUCCAUCGCUAAAGUAACAAAAAAAAUCAACUAAUUAUCGGCUAAUUACUGAGAUCCCACGGUUUGAUCAAAUCGAGGUCAACUUAUUUGCCGAAACAUCAAUUCACAAUCGUUUACUUAAGUUGUUUGUAAUUAAAGCUAGUUCAGACUUGAUCCGCCAACGAUGGCAGAUAAUUAUUUUUAAAAACGGAGUUUGUGUAUAUAAUCAGCACGGACUGCAUUAAUCUGAACGUAGAAAUGGAUGCGACAGCAGGUUUUUGGGUGGCAGUGGCGGUGGGCAUGGUGCCGUUGGCAGGGUUGUUUUGGUGGUGGAAUGACUACUGGCAUGCUCUGCCCUUUCGCCUCCACGGCCGCGGCAGCGCCAAGCUCCCUCCCGGCUACAUGGGAAUACCGUUUCUCGGGGAGUUGCCGGCGUUUCUGUGGUACUUCAAGGUGCUUCGCCGCCCGGAUGACUUCAUCAAUGCUAAACGCCGCAGGUACGGUGAUGGAGUAGGAUUGUAUAGAACAUACUUGUUGGGAUCUCCAACAAUAAUAGCUUGCAGUCCAUCCGCCAACAAGCUGGUGCUGCAAGAUGAAUCCAGCUUUGGCGUCCCGUGGAACUACACGCAACUGAUGUUGAUCGGAGCAACGGGCGUCGGAGCCGUGGAAGGCGCUGCACAUAGCAAAGUGAAAGCCUUUCUGGUAAGGGCUGUCAAUCAACCUGAUGCACUCCGCAAGUUCACUCCACUGCUGCAAACUCGAAUAGCGGCUUCCCUCGAAUCAUGGUCGCGUAAAGGUAGAAUCACAGUCUAUAAGGAAGCCAACAAGGCAAUACUUGGAAACAUUGGCAAGUGUUUUGCAAGCAUUGAGACAGAGCAUGCUAUGGAAACCAUUGAUGAUUUGGUUAAGGGCAUGCUUGGUGGCCUCAGAGCUUUUCCUAUCAAUUUUCCAGGAACUGCUUUGUAUUAUUCGUUCCAGUGUAGUGGGAAAUUAAAAGCAAUAUUUAGACAAGAGUUGGAGAAGAGAAAAUGUGAUGCUUCAGAGCCAAAAAACGAUGUUAUGGAAGCACUGAUGCAAAUGAAGGAGCAAGAGGGUAAGAGAUUAAGUGAAGAUGAGAUUGUUGAUAAUAUGAUGGCCUUGUUUGCAGCAGGGUACGAGACUACUUCUAUUUCUAUCAUGUGGACUUUUUAUUAUCUCGCCAAGCAUUCAGAUGUUCUGCUAAAGCUUCGGGAAGAACACAUGCUGGUAAGCAAGAAACUAGGAGACAUGCUCACAUACGAAGACAUUACGUCUUGGAAAUAUACAAGUAAGGUGGUGGAAGAGAUACUUAGAAUGGGCAGCACAACAACAUUUAUGGUCCGGACUGCUAAGAAAGAUGUCGACUACAGAGGAUAUAGGAUUCCAAAAGGUUGGAAGGUCGCAUGUUGGUUUCGUUACCUUCAUACGAAUCCAGAACAUUUCAAGGAUCCCAUGAGCUUUAAUCCAGAGAGAUGGAACGAGGCGCCAAAGGCAGGAUCAAACUUAGUGUUUGGAGGUGGAGUAAGAGUGUGUGCUGGAAACAUGUUUGCUCGAUUACAAAUUACUCUUCUUGUUCAUCAUCUCGUUUUAAGAUACAGAUGGAGAUUGGUGAAUCCGAACGAGAAGGUGUUGUAUAUUCCUUAUCCCAGACCAGCAGAUGAAGUAGAGAUUGAUAUCACUCGAAUUUAAUCACCAAAACUCUUUUAUGUCGGAUUUGAUGCAAUGGAAUCCAUUUAUGUAUGUAUGUCUAAAUUACUCUAUAAGUGGCUUAUGGUUAGUACGAAGCUCGGAACACAUUUUCUUACUUUUUGCUUUGUACAUGGUUCUCUAACUGACACUCUUUUUCCCUCAUUAUUUAAGGAGGUUUUAAUGAGUUUUGGCUCUUAGUUAACAUAUUCGUGCUUUCAA